GAUACGGCAUAUGGUGAGCCACACCUUUAGUUAAUUUUUUAUUCCAACUUUUUGCUAAUAAACCUGUAGUUAAUUUUCAAAUUAGAUAAUUCAUUUCUUUAAGGAGUUAAUUUCCUUCAAGCAUUUUCCAAAAUGAGCGCCUAUUUUGUGAUACAACGAAAAAUGCAAUACAUAUUAACAGAUGUUGAGGACAACUUAUUGGUUCGAGAUCUCAAGUGUAUAAUUGAAUCUGUAAUAAAUGUAUCUCCUGAAAAUCAACAAUUAUACUACAAAAAUAAAAUUUUGAAUGAAACCAAAACAUUGUCAGCUUGUGGUUUAAGUCGUUAUUUUGCCACUGCACACCGUCCAGCUACUAUUGGCUUAGCAUUAAAAAUGGAAAAUGAUGAGUUUGAGAAGUUGGAACUAACUCCAUACCCAAUGGAACCUGAAAUGCGAUUUACACAGAAAACGUCUCAAUUUCUUGCUGAGCCAAAAGGUAAAACCUACAAUUAUAACGAUCCCAGUGGUGAAGCAAGUGGUAGUGGUGAACCAAGUGGUAGUGGCAUACCAAAAGGUAAACUUAAUAUCAAUGACAAACCAAAGAGCAAACCAAGCAGCAAUGAAAAAUCAAAAAGGAAACAAAGAAAAUAAACAUCUCAUCAAGUAACAUAUAAUUACUUAUUUUCAAAAUUACCUUUUUUUUGUUAAUGUUUUAUAAAUAAGUACAAUUUAUAUCCUAUUCUCUAUUGUCCUUAGAUUUUUUGAGACCAAAUUAAAUGUAUUUAGUAAAAUUAUGUUGUGAAUUAAAUAUUACUCUUUUUUUAUAUACCUAUAUUUACAGUAAGUAGAUAACAUUAUAAUUUAUAUGAUUACUAAAAUAUUUCACUUUUUGUUGUAAAUUGUAUUACUAUUAAAUAUCAUUAAAAAUAUACAAAUGACUAAGUAAAAUUAAAAGAUACUAUGUUAUUGAAAUUUUCGAAUACUUACAUGAAUCAUGAAUGAAUAUGAUGGACUUUCAAUUCACAGUAAAACUGAUGGUGCCAUAAUAUUUAUUU